UCGGAGCGGUGGUCUUCUUCCUUCCAUCAUUGUUCGUGCGAUCUUGAUCGGAGAAGAGAAAGGUCGGGGUUUGAUCCUGUUUUCGCUGUGUUUGUUUGGGCGAUCGAGCGAUGGCGACCGGAAUGCUUCGAUCAGCGUCGGCGGCGUCCCCGAUCGGGGGACGGAUCGAAAGGCGGAGCCGAGGGGGAAGACGGUGUGCCGGCGAGGUGCGGUGCGCGGCUUCGAUGUCCGGGAGCUUGGCGAAUCAGUACAGGACGCUGAGGAUUCAGCCCGGCGCGUCGGAGAACGAGGUCAAGAAGGCUUUCCGGCAGCUCGCGCUUCAGUAUCAUCCCGACGUUUGUAAGGAGAGUAAUUGCAGUGCCCAGUUCCAACAAAUCUACGAAGCUUAUGAUAUUCUAAUGACCAAGUUCAUCCAAGGCGAGGAAGAUCAAACGCCGAAAACAAAGAAACCAAACAAGAGGGACUACGACGGGCUGGACGAGCCAUUUAGGGGAAAGCAUGAUCCGAGUUGGGAUAUGUGGGAGGAAUGGAUGGGCUGGGAAGGAGCAGGAAUUAGAGACUACUCUUCCCACAUUAAUCCCUACAUUUAAAUAUUCGCCUCUAA